AUGGAUCCUACAAAAUACCCCAGUGCGUGGCUUUACGACGCUCCUACUCGCCCAAAUUACCCAACUCCUCCACCUUCAUUCAGUCAACCGCAGGAUGAGUACACGUCGUUCCACCAGGAUGCGUUCCCCUACCCCCCUGAAUCGUUACUUCCUGCGGAACUCGCUCUCUCCGCGGCCUCCUUGCCAAUUGAUCCAUUACAAGCGACUACUCCAGAGGAUGAAGCGACUAUCAUUUCUAUUUCUACUUCCUUUCAUCCCAACGCAGAGCCUUCUCCCGAUACGAUAUUCUCCUCUUCCGACGGGGUGUUGUUCUACAUCGAUUCCGCGACUGUGUUGAAAGCAUGUCCGACCGCCUUUGUUGCAAUUCUUAUGCAGCCUCUAUCCCACCCAAAGUUCAGAGAUGGUAACAUUUCCCUCGAUAUCUCUAGCCCUGAGCUCAACGUCAUUUUCCACGCCCUCUAUGGUACCUCUCCCGCUGCCAAUCGUCCUUCGUUCGACACUUUGAUACAGGCUGUGGACCGCAUGCCAUCGUAUUCCAUUCCUCCUACAACACUCAUUCGCCCUGGAGGAAGCUUGUAUGAGCUCCUUCUCUACCACGCUCCAUUGCAUCCUUUGGAAUCGUAUGCCCUUGCCGCACAUCACAAACUCCACCCACUUGCAGUCAGCGUUUCGUCUCAUCUCUUGUCCUACGACUUGUCCAAGAUUUCUGACGACAUGGCAGAGCGCAUCGGUGCGACGUAUCUGAACAAGAUGAUGCAUCUUCACAUGAGUCGCUUUACCGCAUUGAAGAACAUUCUUCUCCACCCGCCCCACCCGCACCCGCCGUCCAAGGAAUGCGGAUUCGAGGACCAGCGCAAGCUCACCCGUGCAUGGGCACUUGUUAGUGCCUAUUUGGCUUGGGAUGCCAGGCCCGACCUCUCGACGCACACCAUGCACACCGCCCUCAACCCGUUGAUGGAGCAUCUGGCGUGCACUCAAUGCCACCAAGCUCUCGAAGACAAAAUAAAAGAUGUCAUCGUUCAAUGGGCCUCGGUCAAGGUAAGUGAUUACAUUGCAUGGUUCUCAAACCACCUUUUCUUACGGGUUGAGCAUGCCGCGUCGGGCAGUAAUAUGGAGCAUUAUUGCAGGGAACCCUCCUUUUUCCGCGUCCGAGUCCAGCUUUCUGGUUGGAACUGGGGUCGCGCGUGGCGCGCUCUGGUGGCCUUAUCAUCCUUGCUGACAUUGUUCCAUGUUAUUGUAGCGCACGAUCUGAAAACGUGA